CAAACAAUGAUCUUUACGUCACUCACACGCUCCUUUCGUCGAUUCUCUCACUUUCCAGAUCUGGACAAUCAAUUCACCUCACAAUAAUCUGCACAUUUCACACCCAAACCGCUCAUGUACAUUGCAAUUUCUAUCUUUCUUACGAUAUGUAUAGUUUCUAUGUACAAUUCAUUGCAUUUACAAGCUGGUUCCAGUGAUCCAUAACAAUUGCAUUUCACUGUACCAGUCCCCCUUUGGUAAUUUCAUUUCAGAUUCUUACUGGUUUUUUUUGGGAUUUGAUCUGGGUUCUGAGUUUUAUGAUCUGGGUGUGUGCUAGAUCUGGGAACAAACUAGCUAUUUAUGUGGUAGGGUGAUAAAUAUAAUAGUGUUGUGUAUAUUUUUCAUGUCAAUGUCAUCUGGAAAUGUGGUUGUAUCAGACAAAAUGCAGUUUCCUAGUGGCGGCGGUGGCGGAGGCGGAGGAGAGAUCCUCCACCACCGACAGUGGUUCCCGGAUGAGCGGGACGGGUUUAUCUCGUGGCUGCGUGGGGAAUUCGCUGCCGCCAAUGCGAUAAUCGAUUCGUUGUGCAACCAUUUGAGGUUGGUUGGUGAGCCUGGUGAAUAUGAUGGGGUGAUUGAGUGUAUACAGCAGAGGAGGUGUUAUUGGAACCCUGUUCUUCAUAUGCAACAGUACUUCUCGGUGAACGAGGUGAUGUACACCUUGCAACAGGUGACUUGGAGGCAGCAACGGCGAUUUUUUGAUCAUGUAAAGGUGCCCACGAAGGAGUUUAAGAGAUCUGGUGUUGGGUCUAGGCAAGGACAGAGGGUUGACCUUGUGAAGGAAGGUCAUAAUUCUAAUGUAGAUUGUCAUAGUUAUAAUGCCAAUGCUUCUAGCAAUGUGGGUUUGGAGAAAGGAGAGAGAGUAACUGAGAAAGUAGGAGAAGCUAAAUUGAAUGGCAAGGAUGAGGCAAUUUCAGAGGAUAAAAGAGAUACGGUUGCAAAACCUCAAGCAGAUACAUGUGUCAGGAGUUCUAUUGAUUCACAAAGAACGAUGUCCGGCAAUUCAGAACCUGAGAUGGAAAGACAAGAGGACGACAAGUUCACCGCAGAUUCUAAAGGGCCUUGCAAUGUGUCUGUGGAGAGUGAUUCAAAUUCUAUGGAAAAUCCACAUAAGAAGCAAAAUCUCAUGAUUAGCCCAAAAACUUUUGUUGGCACUGAGAUAUUAAAUGGAAAGGCGGUUAAUGUGGUUGAUGGGAUGAAAUUGUAUGAAGAACUGUUAGAUUUAUCUGAAGUUUCAAAGCUUGUUUCAUUGGUAAAUGAUUUGAGAGCUGCAGGGAAAAGAGGGCAGUUUCAAGGUCAAACAUUUGUGGUUUCAAAGAGACCCAUGAAGGGGCAUGGAAGAGAGAUGAUUCAGUUGGGCCUCCCCAUUGCAGAUGCACCUCCUGAAGAUGAAAAUGUGGUGGGGAUGUCCAAAGACAGAAGAAUAGAAUCCAUCCCUGGCUUGCUGCAAGAUGUAAUUGAACGCUUAGCUGGAAUGCAAAUUAUGACGGUGAAGCCAGACUCCUGCAUUAUCGAUAUCUUUAAUGAGGGUGAUCACUCACAACCACAUAUGUGGCCAGCAUGGUUUGGAAGGCCUGUGUGUCUCCUGUUCUUGACAGAAUGUGAAAUGACUUUUGGGAAAGUAAUUGGAAUAGACCAUCCUGGGGAUUAUAGAGGUUCCCUUAGACUUCCUCUUGCACCUGGAUCCCUGCUUGUAAUGCAAGGAAAAUCAUCAGAUUUUGCCAAACAUGCAAUCCCCUCCCUCCGCAAACAGCGUAUAAUUGUUACCUUCACAAAGUCACAACCAAAGAAAACUACACCUAAUGAUGGGCACCGUCUUCCUUCACCUGCAGCAGCACCAACAACCUCUCAUUGGGGCCCACCACCGCCUACUAGGUCACCGAACCAUAUUCGUCAUCCUGUGCCAAAGCAUUAUGGGCCAAUCCCUACGACAGGGGUAUUGCCAGCUCCAACUGUUCAUCCACAACUGGCACCUCCAAAUGUCAUCCAAGUCCAACCACUUUUUGUGGCUGCCCCAGUUGCUGCAGCCAUGCCUUUUCCUGCACCAGUUGCCGCUAUCCCACCUGCUGCCUCAGCUGGAUGGUCAGCAGCCCCUCCAAGGCAUCCUCCGCCGCCUCGUCUACCAGUACCCGGCACUGGAGUUUUCUUUCCUCCACCUGGUUCUGGUAAUUCAGCAACUCAACAAUCAUCAUUGUCAACGACUAUGGCAACUGAAACAAGCUUUUCUGAUGAGACACCAGCUAUGCCAGAGAAAGAAAAUGGUUUAGAUAAGCCAAAUGGCAGUAGUGCUUCUCCAAAAGGUAAAGCAGAUGGAAAGAUGCCGCAACAAGAGUGCAAUGGAAGCUUGGAUGGAGCAGUUGUGACAAAGGAAGAUCAGCGGCAAAGUGCUGACACGAAGGCAGCUAACAAACCAGCUGGAACUGUUUAGAGAGAGAGAGAGAGAGAGAGAGAGAGAGAGAGUGCAGUGAGUUCAAAGCAAAUGUAAAGAGCGGCAAAAGUUUCGACUCGAGCAUAGUAAGUACACCAGUGAGCGCAGGGGGGUUGUUAAGGGGAGUAUACCCAGUAGUAGUACUCUUUUACAAUCUCUUGUGCUUUCUGUUCCCUUUUUGUUGUCUUGUUAUAUGAAGAUGAACCCUCUUACAUUAGAAGACGAGGAACUCACUCUUUUUCACUUUGAAGUGUAGCUCUUCUUCCAUUCUCACUUGAAAUCAAGUCCUUGCCACUGGUUGAAUCUGAAGAUCAGGGCUCGCUAUUAUUU